UCGAAGGAUCCUCCCCGGGAGCGGGUCGGGAUCUUGUGUGCUGUCUGUCACCGACUCAUGCUCUCUCUCCCCGCCGGGUAGAAGCCGGGCUCGGCCCCGGGCUCAGCGAUGGGAGACGCCGCCGCCGCCGCCGCCGCCGCCGAGGGUGGGAUCUGCACCGUGGAGCACGAGCUGACCACCGCUAACCUCACGGGAUACAAAGAAAGAGUUGGAUUGGAGAACUUUGAACUGCUGAAGGUUCUGGGAACAGGAGCCUAUGGGAAGGUGUUUCUGGUGAGAAAAAUCAGUGGCCAUGAUGCGGAUAAACUUUAUGCAAUGAAGGUGCUGAAGAAAGCUUCCAUUGUGCAGAAAGCAAAAACAAUGGAGCACAUCAAGACAGAGCGGCAAGUUCUGGAACAUAUCCGCCAGUCUCCUUUUCUAGUCACUUUGCACUAUGCCUUCCAGACAGAUGCCAAACUUCAUCUCAUUCUAGACUACGUAAGUGGGGGAGAGUUGUUUACACAUCUCUACCAAAGGGAACACUUUACAGGAGCGGAAGUUCGAAUCUACACAGGAGAAAUUGUGCUUGCACUGGAACAUCUACACAAGCUUGGCAUUAUUUAUCGAGAUAUCAAGCUCGAAAAUAUUUUAUUAGAUGGUGAUGGUCACAUCGUUUUGACAGACUUUGGACUUAGCAAGGAGUUUGUCACUGAUGAGAAUGAAAAAGCCUAUUCAUUCUGUGGCACCAUCGAAUAUAUGGCACCAGAGAUCAUUCAAGGAGGAAGUGAUGGCCAUAAUAAGGCAGUUGACUGGUGGAGCCUUGGAGUCCUUAUGUAUGAGCUGCUGACAGGAGCAUCUCCUUUCACUGUGGACGGAGCGAAAAAUUCCCAGUCAGAAAUUUCAAGACGAAUUCUGAAAAAUGAACCUCCAUUCCCUGCAGGAAUUGGAGCUGCAGCCAAGAAUUUAAUACAGAAACUGCUGAUCAAAGAUCCUAAACAAAGGCUUGGAUUGGGUCCAAAUGGAGCUGAAGAGAUAAAAUCUCACGCUUUUUUCCAGAAUCUAAACUGGACAGAUUUAGCAGCCAAGGCAAUCAGGCCGCCAAUUAAACCAGUCAUCCAGAAUGAACUAGAUGUCAGCAAUUUUGCAGAAGAAUUUACAAGAAUGGAUCCAGCAUAUUCUCCUGCUGCUGUUCCUCAAAAUACAGAUCUGUUUAAGGGCUACUCAUUUGUGACUCCGUCUGUUCUCUUUAAUCGAAAUGCCAUAAUGAAUCAUGCACUUGAUCUUCAAAUGACCAUGGAACGUCCGGGCAGCAGUACAGUUGCACGCUGUGCAAUGACAAAGGAUUCCCUGUUUUAUCAGCAGUAUGAACUUAACAUGAAAGAGCAACCACUUGGUGAAGGAAGUUUUUCUGUGUGUAGAAAGUGUCGACACAAAAGGACUGGGGAGGAAUACUGUGUCAAAAUCAUCAGUAGACGAUUGGAAGCCAGUACACAGAGGGAGAUUUCCGCACUGAAGCUAUUGAACGCCCACCCUCACCCCAAUAUUGUUAAACUGUAUGAAGUUUACCAUGAUCAGUUGCACACAUAUCUCGUCAUGGAGUUAUUGAGAGGUGGCGAAUUGUUGGAACGGAUUAAAAAGAGGAAGCAGUUCAAUGAAUCUGAGGCCAGCAGAAUCAUGGGCAAAUUGGUGUCUGCUGUUAGUUACAUGCAUGACAGUGGAAUUAUGCACAGAGAUUUAAAACCUGAGAAUAUUUUGUUUUCUGAUGAGAGUAAUGACGCUGCAAUCAAAAUAGUAGAUUUUGGAUUUGCGAGGGUUAAACCUUCUGAUAACCAGCCAUUGAGGACUCCAUGCUUCACUUUGCAUUAUGCAGCUCCAGAGUUUUUCAAGCAGAAUGGUUAUGAUGAAUCAUGUGAUUUGUGGAGCCUGGGGGUAAUACUAUAUACAAUGCUGUCAGGGCAGAUCCCAUUCCAAAGUGAACAGAGAACUGUGACACCAUCAAGUGCUGAUGAAAUAACAAGAAAGAUAAAGGAGGGAGACUUCUCACUCAAAGGGGAGGCUUGGAGCAGUAUUUCACAAGAUGCCAAGGAGCUGAUAAAAGGUUUGCUUACUGUGGACCCAAACUUCCGCCUGAAGAUAUCUAGUUUGAGAUACAACAACUGGUUGCAAGAAGGCAGCUGCUUGUCCUCCGAUCCACUGAUGUCUCCAAAUGUUCUUGAAUCUUCUGGAUCAGUCAGCAACUACUUCAAGGCUACUUUUAUGGCCUUUAAUAAAUGCAAGAGGGAAGGAUUUUUCCUCCAAAGCGUUGACAAUGCUCCACUGGCAAAAAGACGAAAGAUGAAGAAAAGUAGCGCAAGCACAGAGACUCGGAGCAGUUCCAGUGAGAGCUCAGUUUCUUCCUCAUCUCAGUCCCAUGGUAGAGCGUCACCCACAUGUAUGCUUCAAGUUACUUUACCAGCAAAAAAACCUGAGUGCGUCUUCCAGUUUUCAAGCUAAAUUUCAAAUGGCCCUUUUACAGAUACUGUGCUUUUCAGCAACCUUCUGGUACUAACCACCUCCCGAGUAUUUUUAUUUUCUUCUGACAGAGAUUGAUGCUUAUGGCCUUUUUAAUGAUUUUGAACAGACUCAGGAAAUUUAACUUGUAAGUUUUAACUGCCACGAUAAAAUAGUAAUCACUCAUUGUCUAGAUUAAGAAGGAAGUUUGGCUUUGGCUCAUUUCGUACAAAAAGAACAGCUUCUGUCUGUUUGGGUGUAAAUUGUCAAUCGUGAGAACACUUUUAGUAUACAGAUUGAAUUAGGUAUGAAAGCUAUUUAAGUAAACUGUGCAAAAUAGUUUUGAGUAUAAGCUAUUAAAAUAAAGCAAUAAUGUGCAUUUUUGUGUAAAUAUGCACUGAAAUAAAUGCUAUUCUUUAACAUAUUUUCAAACUCCACAGUACGACUUAUUUUCUUGAAAACAAAAAUUCAUUUCGUAUCCAUUAAGGAAAAAUCAGUUUCCAUUGCUAUGAAUGGAGUACCUCUGAUUGUGUGCCAGUUACUGUAUGUGACAAAUAGGCUUUUAUAAGAAAUUAAAACAGGAUACUUUGAAACUCUUUGAAACUAUUUAUUUGAAAAUAGCCUACAAUUGUUGUUGAAAGCUUGUUUUUGGAUUAUUAUUAGUCAAUAAUUCUAGCUGGUCUAGGAAAAGAUUGGUCUUAUUGUUGAUGUGCAAACUGUUUUCUAUCAUGUAAAGUUGACUCCAAAGUUCUGUCAGAAACCAUGCUGCUUUGCAUAAAAAAACUGAGAUGCCACCUUAUAAUAUGCUUCUUUGAAUGUACCACCUAGUUCUGAUUUCACGUGUUUUUUCUUUUUAAAAAAAUGCAGUUUCAAGCUGAUUUGUAAACUAAUUUAAUCACAUCUGUUCGUGCAAAGUGACGGUGUACAAUAAAGUAAGAUAUUUCACAAAACCAUAGUUCUUUACACAGCAAAAAAGGAUGCAAAUUUUUACAAUAAACCAAUUCAGAAAUA